UUUCGGGUUUUGCAUGAAACGAAGUAUUAGAUUAACUUCAAAGUUGCUUGCCUCUGGCUUCAGGUGGCAUAAAUUUGAAAGUGUAGGCUAAAAUAUUAUUGCAUUCUCAUCAAAUCGACGAAAACGUAUAACUAUGAGUAGUCCAACGUUGCCUAAACGCCAGAAGACGGAGAAAGAUAACGACAACGAUGCUGAGAAGACAAUGACAGUUGUCAAUACUCCAACUCCGAGUGCUGCUGCUGCUUCUUCUACCGGUGGUCAUGGCGAUAGCAGUGAGAACAGUGAUUCGUUUUGCUUCAGUGAUUCUGCAAACCUAGAAGACGUGCGAAAGCUGCUUUUGAAAUUAUUCAAAGACCGCAACUGGGACCAGUUCCACACCCCGAGAAAUGUCCUUCUGGAUCUGGUAGCAGAAGUUGGAGAACUAGCAGAAAUCUUCCAGUGGAAAGGAGAAGUCAAAGAAGGAAUCCCAGAGAUGACUGAGGGAGAGCGAAAACAUGUUGGCGAGGAAUUGAGUGAUGUACUUCUCUGCCUGAUUGACCUCUCUCAUCGAUGUCGGAUUGAUUUGACUAAAGCAGUCCUUGACAAGAUAUCUUCCAUCGCUAAAAAAUAUCCCAAAGACAAGGCAUAUGGCCGGACAAAUAAAUACACUGACUAUCAAUUAUUUUCUUAUUCUGAUCAAGCUCACAAAGAAUAUAUUGUAAUUAUGAGCAACCCAACGUCACCGAAGCGUCUGAAGACAGAGACGGAAAACCGCAACACCAACGAUGUUGAGAAAACAGGAGUUGGAGUGAAAGCCGACAUUGUUGACAACAUUGACAACACUCUGAGUGCUUCUGCUGCUGCUGACGGUGGAGGCGAGACUGAGAGCAGUGGUUCCUUUCGUUUUAGUGAUUCCACCAGCCUCGAGGACUUGCGAAAGCUGUCUAUGGAAUUCAUCAAAGAACGCAACUGGGACCAAUUCCACAGCCCAAGAAAUGUCCUUCUGGCUCUGGUGGGAGAAGUUGGAGAACUAGCGGAAAUCUUUCAGUGGAAAGGAGAAGUCAGUGAGGGACUCCCAGAGCUGACUGAAGGAGAGCGAGAACAUGUUGGCCAGGAAUUAAGUGAUGUACUUCUCUACCUCCUUGACCUCUCACAACGAUGUCACAUUGAUUUGCCUAAAGCGGUCCUCAAAAAGAUGGCUGCAAAUGCAAAAAAAUAUCCCAAAGACAGGGCAUAUGGCCGUGCGAAUAAAUACACUGACUAUCAGUGAGCUUGUGCUAAUCUCCUGUUUAUAUACACUUUUUUUUCAACAAAUUUUUAUGAUUUAUGUGUUGAUUUUAAAAACUUGUUAUUAAACAAAAAGUUGAAAAAGCU